CCCUGAGAGACAGAAAAGGGGCAGAGCCUGAGCCUGGUGCACAUGGGGAUGGGGUGAAGAGAUGGGAGGAUGGAAGGGAUCCUACAGCCAUCACGCUCCGAUGGGGGCUGGGGGCUGAUCAGAGCCUUAGGGCGGGUUUCGAGGUGGGAACCCACACUCGGAUUAAGCCCGAGCAGCUCGGAGUGGCCGCACCUCCCUCCGUUCCCUUCCCGCAGCUCACGGCCGGGCCGGCGGAUGCACGGAGCCGGGAGGCGGCUGCCCUGGCAACGUCACCAUGGCAACGUUACCAUGGCAACGGCGCCAUGGCAACGCGGGCGAGACGGCACCCGGCCGGGGGAUGCGCGAUGCGCUGCGCUGCGCUCCGACCGCCACGACCACGGGACGGAGCCGGGCCGGGAUUCGGAACCUGUAAAGCUCCCGGGAGACAGCAGCCACGCCGGUGUGAGCUCCACGUUACGCCGGGAUACUACGAAGGGUUGGAAAGGUCUCAGCUCCGCCGAUCCCAGGGCAGCUCCUCAAGCUGUUGAUGCACUGCGUGGCUGUGGCACGAGAGAUGAGGUCGAUGGGAUGCAGGAGGGACCGAGCCCCAGGAACUCACACCUGCAGCAGCAGCAGCAGCCCUUGGAUGAAGCUGCACACCCACAUCUCAUCCAAAUGUGUGAAGAGCCGUUUCAAGCUGCUCCUCCACCCCCCGACCUCUGCUCCAUUCCCACCAGCUCAGCUCGGAGACAGAAGAGAAGGAAGGGAGAGGGCUCAUCCCAAGCCAAACUCCAUCCUGCAGCCCUGAGAAGAUGGGCCCUGGUAUAGCUGGUGGCAGCACGGGUGGCAAUAGAGGGAGCAGCACUGAUUUACACCGCUGUUCCUGUGCCACAAGCCACACCCCAGAGAAAUUGGGUCCACAGUGCUGCUGCUGCUGCAGGGAAACUACAACCCCUGCUGAUGUGCUGCUGCUCACAGCAGGGUGCAGAUCAGAGGGACAGCCCAAGUCCAGCAAUGAAUGACAGUAGAGGCAAAUCCCUCCCAGCAGGCUCAGGAAGGAAUGGAUAAAGCUUUGCUUGGGAGCAAGCAGCAGAAAGGGGAUGUCAGGUCCCCCAGCUGCUUGCUUUGAGCCACACCAGCUCCACUGCCUGCACAGCCCCAUCCUGAGUGGCUGCUCUGGGGGGAGAUGAGGUGGGAGGAGGAGAUGGCAGCCCCAGGCUCCCGAAAAAAUGCAGGAUGCAUUAGAACAAGCAGAGCUGCCUGAUUGAUUCUUCAGGCUGAGACGUGGGCUGGAAGUGCCAGGAGAAAAUGGAUCCUCUGAAUAUUUGAUGAACAGAGGCUCAAGGAGGGAGUUUGAUUGGAAAAUUACAGAUCUUUCAAACAAUGGUUCAAGUGCCCUCCAAACACUUUGGUUUCCAGCUCCCUUCCAGUUAGAGGAGCAAGGCUCCACGAGGAAACACCCACACGAUUUAUGAAUGAAGCAGAGCUCCCCACACCUGGCAGCACUCAACCCACUGAAGCCGGCAGCCCGGCAGCUCCAGCACCAGCCCAAGGAUGUGGAAUUCAGGUCCUGCCAUCACUGGGGUCACUGUGGCUGCUUCCUCGGUCCUACAAGGCACCCACACUGCCAUGAACACCAGGGCACACGAGGCUCUAUGGGAUACAUGGCGACGUGGUUCACGUGCAGAGUUCCUGUCUGGACACCCAGCCCAGAGCUCUGCUCCUGUUCCCAGCCUCCAUCCAGCUCCUCUGCACCAGGAAACACCUGCCAAAGCACAGCCAGCACUGCUCCCCACCCCGACAGCAGCUCCAGGGCUGCUGAGGACUCAUCCUCAUCCCCUGAGACCGGCUUCUGUCUGGGGCCCGAGGGGUUUGCUGCCUCACAGAUGGGUGCAAGCAGUAAAUACAGACUCAGCUCAGGCUUCCUGAAUCCGCCUCUGCCUCCAGCCCUGAGCUUUCCGCCCUCCAUCAGACCCCAUCCCUCGUGCACGUCCUUUCCCCUGCAUGGGGGCAAGUGGCUAUUUCUGGCCAGGAACAAGGAAUGCCAGCAGCAGUUUCCCAAGGAAACCCACUCUUGCUUCAGUUCCUUCCUCACCUCGUGCACUCCUGGGCUGAACUCUGAGCUCCUGCUCCCCAGGUGCCAUUGUGCGGCUGUCUGCAGCCAGGCUUUAUGGCUUCCUCCGGGACAUUGGGAACAGGGCUUCACUGGGUUUUGCAUCUCAACGGAGGUGCGUGGAGGGGAGUGUAGGACCCCGAGUCCCACCCCAAAGGGAGUGCCCCAGGUUACCCUAAGGGCAGAAAUAUCCCUUCUCCCUCUUUAUGAGGCUCCUGUUCAGAGCUGGAGUGAUGGAGAGCAGCUGGCUCCCAAGGAGAACAGAAACAGCAAGAUGCAAAGAUAUCAGAAGGAGCUAUCAGCAGCCAGAAGUGGAGAUGCUAAACCUCCAGCUACUCAACAGCAUCACUAGCAGGAGGAGCAGAAGAGACAAGAGCAGCCCUGAUGGGACCAGCAGAGCCUUUUGUAAGAACCAGAAGCUUUUAGCCAAACCUCCUUUGGCAGCAGCAGCUCUUGGUGUCCAGCACCCUCCUCCAGAUGCUGCCAAAGCCAAGGGAAAGCAAGAGCCAACCCCAGGAACACAUUUCCCAGCACACAUCAACAACCACAGAGCCAGGCCUAUGUCUGGGGAGCCUUUGCCCAUGGGACUCCACCGAUCCCAGGACUUUCCUAAGUCCCCAUCUCAAUGACAAGGGUGUGAAUUUCGCAGAGCACACCCGACCCUUGGUGAAACCCUGUGCAGGAGCACUGGGGCUGCAGGUCUGUCCAUACACCCAGGGAAAA